AUGCUUGUGAUGAGCGAUCAUCAACUUCCGACAGAUCUCUGGGAAUCGCAUGGACGUCCAGCGCUGGCCGAACUCUUUGCCUCGAGUGUCUACUCGUUUUUGGUUCUACUCUCAUCCACGCCCACCUCACUGUCAACAUUUGUGAUUUUUGAUGGAAUCGCGCUCAGUGUUUCCAUGUUUUCCGUUCUUCGAAUCAGUGGAGCGCACUUGAAUCCAGCGAUCUCUCUGGCCUACACGAUUUGCGGGAAAAUGUCCGUGAUCUCACUCGUCUCCUACACGAUUUCCCAAUUUUUUGGCGCUUUUUUUGGUACAGCACUUGGAUGUUGGGUGAUGACAGCGGAUCGUUAUGAAGACACAUUUAUUGGAAAUUCGUUGACUGCAGAGGAUUACAAUCCGCAAAUCAAUCGAUUCAAGGCUCUCUGUCUUGAAUCUCUUCUCAACUCACUCCUGAUUUUGUCGCAUCUACUUGCAAGCGAUUCAACGAAAGAAAUGAUUCCAUUGAUCGUCGGAUUGGUUAGGGUGUGCUCGUUUUCCUCAGGUGUUUCCCUGCUCGGCCUCUUCGGCUCUCCAUCCCUUUCCCUUGCUUCCUCGACAAUUCGCUCAAUUCUCCUCUCAUCACUUUCUCCACUAGCUUUCUUCUAUCUAAUGUUAUUGGCGGCUAUUGGUUCGUCACUUCUUUCCAGCUGUCUUCUAUUUGUGCUUUCGAUCAUCGAUUCCUCGUCAAAAUUCCCU